CAUCGUAGCUAGCAACAAGCAAGCAAGCGAGCAAGCGAGCAAAGUAAGAAAAAGAGUCUAGAUUGGACUAGACUAAACAAACCAUGACUUCGGAUAGGGCGCAGGAUUCGUCUUCACAUGCCUUUCCUACCAAGCAACUCACUAUCCUUGCAAUAUGCCGCUUCUCGGAGCCAAUCGCGUUCAACUCCAUCCUCGCGUACACGUACGUGAUGGUCCAGGACCUGCACGGCGGCGACGACACCGACGCGUCCUUCUACGCCGGUCUCCUGGUCUCGGCGUACGCCGUCGCCGAGGCCCUGACCGCCAUCGGCUGGGGCGCCCUCUCGGACAAGUACGGGCGGAAGCCGGUCGUGCUCUUCGGGCUCGGCGGCGUGGCCAUUUCGAGCCUCAUCUUCGGUCUGGCCACCGAGUACUGGGUGGCGCUAUUGGCUAGGUUUAUCGGCGGGGCUUUGAAUGGUAAUGUUGCCGUGAUGCAAACGAUGGUUGCGGAAAUGGUCAAGAAUCCGGAGCACGAGCCAAAAGCUUACGCCACUCAGCCUUUCGUCUGGACCCUGGGCGGUAUUAUAGGAUCCGCCAUGGGAGGAUUUCUAGCCCAACCGGCGAUAUUCUAUCCUUCACUAUUUCCCGCCGAUGGCGUCUUCGGAAAGUAUCCUUAUCUACUGCCAAACCUCGUGUCGGUCAUUGUCAUCGUCUUGGCUAUUAUACAGGGAAUACUUUUCCUCGAGGAAACUAACCCGCGACACGGAAAGGCCACUGCUGCGACCGUCUUCGAGGAGGAUGACGAUAUCGUCGAUGAGCGUACUCCGCUCCAUCAACGUCCCAAGGAUCGAAGAUCGUCUGCUCAGAGUCACCCGUACGCCGCAAGCGAUAGACCGGUAUUUAUCGAGGAAAGUCUUCCAGUGCCAGUCGAGCAGAACUUCGACCUGAGGAGAUCGUCUUUUGGGACCGUGCGUUCGAUCAAACUCCUUCCUAGCUCCCCGAAGCAGAACUCGGUGUUUAAUGGCCGGGCCUUCAAUUUCACUAUCAUAAUGGUAACCAUCGCGCUCGUCCUGGUUUCAUACCAUCAGAUGGCAUUCAGCACCCUUCUACCUACACACCUCUUGGAUAGGCCAGCGGCCGCUCCAGGCCAACUUGAUUUGAUUGGUGGCUUGGGGUACACCGUCCACGACGUAGGGAUCUACUUGUCGGUUAAUGGGAUCCUCGGUCUGCUCAUCCAGGGGUUCAUAUUCCCGAUUUUUGUAGACAAGGUCGGAGUAUGGAAGUCGUUUCUCAUCAACAUCGUUUUCUAUCCUCUAGCAUACGUGGUCAUGCCUUUUUUAUCUGCUUUACCUCCCUCCCUCGUAUCCCCUGGAAUUUAUUUCUCCAUGAUCCUACAAAGCCUCUUCGGUAUCAUUGUUAUUCCCUGCGCUCUCAUCAUGUUGAAAGAUGCUACACCGUCCCCACUAGUGCUUGGGAAGGUCAACGGGUUAGCUAUGUCUGCUUGUUGUUUAGCUCGAACUGUAUCUCCGCCACUAGUAGGUAUCAUCUACAGCGCUGGCGGUUCCGCGGCUGCUUGGUUUAGCUGCUCUGGCGUUGCGGUAAUUGGUAUUAUACAGCUCCUCUGGGUACCAAGGAAGCACAUACCUAAUAUUGUGGUUAAUAAUACGAUGGUGAGUAAAAGCCGACCGGGUUUGCGAAAUGAGGAAGCUGGAAUAUGUCCUGCCAUAUCGGAGUAAUGCAUUUCGAAUAUCAUCAUUUCCGCGAAGGAGUCAGAUGCGCAUAUGAUCUCUUUUUUUCUACUUGCAUCGAUACGAGUUUAUGAGGGUAUUGGGUAUAUAGAUUGGCAUAUUUUUUUCUGAUAUUUGGCAUACCAAGGUUAAGUUGGGAUAGAAAGAGGGUCAGGACUACUACACACAAGGUAAUGAUAUUAUGAUCAUACGUCGAUAGAUUGGAUAUUUGACGACCGCAUUAAUCGAAUUUGGAGUAACAAGGUAUAUGAUUUAGCGAUAAUUCUGUUAAUAUCAAUUGGAGCAUUUUCUUUCUUUUAUAACACUAAGGGUUGUUCUUGGUUGAUCAGACAGAGGCAUUGCUAUUUUAUAGCGACAUGAAAUUUUUUUUUCCAUUCAAUUGUGAUACAGUAAUUCGAGUUAUGAUUCGACAUCAACUUACCCAUUAAAUGAAAGAGAGAUAAAAAGGACCAAGGUCAAGGUUAAAAAAGGGGAGCAAGACGUGAGAGAAGAAGAAAACAGAAAAAGAAAACAAAAGAAGAAAAAAACCUAACCUCGCGAGAA